AUGCUAGACAUGAGUUUACCAUCCCAGCAGAAACCCAACAGUAAGAGAACAGGCAAGCGCAUCUCUUUUUUCAACGACCAAGGAGUGGCGAUGAAGGAGACGUCCUCUCAGCAGCAUCCAGAAGGUUCUUACUACGGCCUUGGUGCCCCAGCCCCAGAUCCUGGUCCUGGCCAGAGUAAGGCUGCAGGCACCGUCACCUCCACAACCUCCAACCCAGAGGCUCCACAUACUGGUAUGUACCUCAACUCAGUGAUCUUCAGUCCAGAGAAAGGAGACCAGAGUCGGGGACAUUACCAACAGACUGUACCCAUGAAGUGGGCUCACCAGGACCCAGCAGCUCAACCACAGCCUCAACAGAGAACUGGAACUGAGAACUGGACACAGGGUGUAACUAUGGCUAACUGGGGGCAGAACUUUGCUCCGUACCUAGGGGGCGUCAACGUCAGUGACUCACGGUCCCAGACCAAGACUGCCUUUGCCAAGCAGCAGAUCCGUGAGGGGCCUCCACCCCUGCAGCCCCAGCAGCCCCAGCCCCAGCCCCAGCCCCCUAGUAGGGCUGUGGAGAAGCAACCACCCCAGCAGAAGCAGGUGGUUAACCUUAACCCUCUCCCUGGUGGAGGAGAGGCCUACAGAGACGUUAGGGAUGUGGCCAAGCCUCACAGUCUAGAGUGGGAGCAGCAGCAUCAGGCUUCCCAACAGCAACAGCAACAGCAACAGCAGUCCCAGAACCAGGUGUUUCCACAGACCCUUAAGCCUGGGGCUCUAAAUGCCCAGCAACACAGCACAUCCAACCCUGGGGGCAGCUCCGUGCUUCAGCCCUUCCAGCUAGCCUUCGGCCAGCCCAAGCAACACCUAACGGCUGGCUACUACCAGGUGUUUCAGGGGGGCAACAGGACUUUACCCAAUCUGAACUACAACGUCCAACAGCCCAAACCCCAACCACAUCCACAGACCCAACCACAUCCACAGACCCAACAGCCCAAACCCCAACCACAUCCACAGACCCAACAGCAUCCACAGACCCAACAGCAUCCACAGACCCAACAGCAUCCACAGCUCCAGCAGCAGCUGCAACAGACCCAACAGCAUCCACAGACCCAACAGCAUCCACAGACCCAACAGCAUCCACAGACCCAACAGCAUACACAGAGCCAACAGCAUCCACAUCUCCAGCAGCAGCUGCAACAGACCCAACAGCAUCCACAGCUCCAGCAGCAGCAAAUAAAACAACAACAACAGCAACAGAAACAAAUAUUACAGGAACAACAACAAAUGCAACAACAACAUCAUCAGAUGCAACAGCAGCAAAUGCUUCAGCAUCAACAGCAUUUACAACAACAGCAACAACAACUACACAUACAACAAGAGCAAGAGUUACAACAGCAACAACAACAACAACAAAUACAACAGCAACAGCAACAGCAAAUACAGCAACAAUUACAGCAACAACAACAAAUACAACAACAGCAAUUGCAGCAACAACAACAACCCCAACAUAUUCUAGAAUACUACCCCAGCAGCCAGAACCCACCUACCCACCCACACCCUCACUCCCAGCCGCCCGUGUUGGUGCACUCCCAAGAGCCCUCUGUUCAGGCAUCAACCCCCCCAGACCUCCAGGAGACGUCCUCAGACCCUCUAAACAUUCCCCCCCACACAGAAUCCCAGCUCCCCCCUACAGAGACCCAGCUCCAGCCUCCCCAUCUCCAGCUGCAGCUUCGAAGAUCCAGGAGACUCUCCAAGGAAGGUGGACCACCACCAGUUGACAACCCCUUCCUCAUCCCAUCUGAUGGGGCCCAGAAUGGGCCCUCUGAGGGGCCAGGUGGAGCCCCCAAGGCGGAUGAAGUCCACAUUGCCCAGGUGGCCCCUACAGGGGUCAUCCAGAGCACACGCAGAAAACGGAGGGUCUCCCAGGAGGUUAACCUGGAGACACUGGCCCAGAAAGCCUCAGAGAUGGAGUCCCUACCGCCACACAUCGUCAAGGUAACUGUUUCUGCUACCCUGGUGCUUGUUGUAAUGCUUUGAGGGGUAUAGUAUAGUUACAUGAUAGUUACAUUAUAUAAACGGCAUAUCCCAUCUUCAAUUUUAACCGAACUUUCCAUGCAUACAUAUGCACUCGCGUACAAAUCUAUUGAAACACACAGUGGUGUUGGGCUUGAGGAGCUGCAAUAACAGUCCUCUUUGAUGGAUGUUGUUAAAACAUCCAUUUGGUUGUUGUUUACCUUUGUAUAAUGGCAGAGGGAUUCUGGAUCCCUUAUCUAGAAGUAGAUCAGAAACAAAAAGCUUAAUGCGUCUGACAAGGCCGAUCGAGCCUGAAAUGAUGUUGUUUAUGAAUGAUUAGCACUGAGCAGAAUAAGCAAUCACCAGCCCAAUAUUAACACAGCAGAUCUGAAUGAUUUAGCAGUGUCUGUCUUCAUGGAAGGGUUUUAUUGAUAGGUUAUGGAUGCACAAUUACUCAUGAUAUAACGCAUGACCUAAAAACGAUAAGGAAUACUCCUAUUUUGUGUGUGCAAAAAACAGCAAGAAAUGCAAACCACAUGUGGGUAUUUUGUCCUCAGUGCAACCUUUGACAGUUUAACCUACUGCUCUAAGUGUCGUUACACCAAUUCGGUGCCUUUUGAGAGGUGUAACUUGGUGAAGAAAAAGUUUGAUUUCACCUUUUAUUUAUUUAUUUCACCUUUAUUUAACCAGGUAAGCCAGUUGAGAACAAGUUCUCAUUUACAACUGCGACCUGGCCAAGAUAAAGCAAAGCAGUGCGAUAAAAACAACAACACAGAGUUACACAUGGGAUAAAACAAAACGUACAGUCAAUAACACAAUAGAAAAUAUAUAUACAGUGUGUGCAAAUGUAGUAAGUUAUGGAGGUAAGGCAAUAAAUAUGCCAUAGUGCAAAAUAAUUACAAUUAGUAUUAACACUAGAAUGAUAGAUGUGCAAGAGAUGAUGUGCAAAUAGAGAUACUGGGGUGCAAAUGAGCAAAAUAAAUAACAAUAUGGGGAUGAGGUAGUUGGGUGGGCUAAUUUCAGAAUGGCUGUGUACAGGUGCAGUGAUCGGUAAGGUGCUCUGACAACUGAUGCUUAAAGUUAGUGAGGGAGAUAAGAGUCUCCAGCUUCAGAGAUUUUUGCAGUUCGUUCCAGUCAUUGGCAGCAGAAAACUGGAAGGAAUGGCGGCCAAAGGAGGUGUUGGCUUUGGGGGUGACCAGUGAGAUAUACCUGCUGGAGCGCAUACCACGGGUGGGUGUUGCUAUGGUGACCAAUGAGCUAAGAUAAGGAGGGGAUUUGCCUAGCAGUGAUUUAUAAAUGGCCUGGAGCCAGUGGGUUUGGCGACAAAUAUGUAGUGAGGACCAGCCAACAAGAGCGUACAGGUCACAGUGGUGGGUAGUAUAUGGGGCUUUGGUGACAAAACGGAUGGCACUGUGAUAGACUACAUCCAAUUUGCUGAGUAGAGUGUUGGAGGCUAUUUUGUAAAUGACAUCGCCGAAGUCAAAGAUCGGUAGGAUAGUCAGUUUUACGAGGGCAUGUUUGGCAGCAUGAGUGAAGGAGGCUUUGUUGCGAAAUAGGAAGCCGAUUCUAGAUUUAACUUUGGAUUGGAGAUGCUUAAUAUGAGUCUGGAAGGAGAGUUGACAGUCUAACCAGACACCUAGGUAUUUGUAGUUGUCCACAUACUCUAGGUCAGACCCGUCGAGAGUAGUGAUUCUAGUCGGGUGGGCGGGUGCCAGCAGCAUUCGAUUGAAGAGCAUGCAUUUAGUUUUACUUGUGUUUAAGAGCAGUUGGAGGCUACGGAAGGAGUGUUGUAUGGCACUGAAGCUCGUUUGGAGGUUUGUUAACACAGUGUCCAAUGAAGGGCCAGAUAUAUACAAAAUGGUGUCGUCUGUGUAGAGGUGGAUCUGAGAAUCACCGACAGCAAGAGCGACAUCAUUGAUAUACACAGAGAAAAGAGUCGGCCCAAGAAUUGAACCCUGUGGCACCCCCAUAGAGACUGACAUAGGUCCAGACAACAGGCCCUCCGAUUUGACACAUUGAACUCUAUCUGAGAAGUAGUUGGUGAACCAGGCGAGGCAGUCAUUUGAGAAACCAAGGCUAUUUAGUCUGCCAAUAAGAAUGCGGUGGUUGACAGAGUCGAAAGCCUUGGCCAGGUCGAUGAAGACGGCUGCACAGUACUGUCUAUUAUCGAUCGCGGUUAUAAUAUAGUUUAGGACCUUGAGCGUGGCUGAGGUGCACCCAUGACCAGCUCGGAAACCGGAUUGCAUAGCGGAGAAGGUACGGUGUGAUUCGAAAUGGUCGGUGAUCUGUUUGUUAACUUGGCUUUCAAAAUCUUUCGAAAGGCAGGGCAGGAUGGAUAUAGGUCUGUAACAGUUUUAACAUUGUGUCAUAAAGAGCAAAUGUUCAACUUAAUAAAAAAUAUGUUUUCUCUUCUCAAGAGGAUAAUACAAACAUUACUAUAGUAAGUGCCAAAUAAAGUAACAGUGUUCACCGUAACAGGGUUGACGAUUUCAUCUUAAAUCAGUCAUAAAUCGCCUUGUGAUGGGAAAUGGAAUUGUGUUGUGUGCAACAGGGAGGGGCAAUUGAAUGCAAGCUUCACAAUUUUGUUGUUGUUGUUAAAACAUUUCUAGGUUGUCUAUCUAUGGUUAACAGGGUUGACGUGUUACGCUCGAUAAGCUCAGUUUUCCACCACAAAACACCAGAAAAGGCCCAAAAAGAAGCAGCUCGCCUGCUUUUACUCUCUAUAUGUUUUACAACGUGGGGAUGGUAAGGGGUAUAUGCAGCCUUGGUCUUCCCCUACAUUAUAUCUAGCGUGUAACGGUGCACUCCCUUGUGUCUGCCUCAUGCCUCACCAUAUAGCAUAUAGAAUAGGACUGCUAGGUUAACCUGCUGAAUGCUGACUGGACCCGUUUCACUCUGCACUCCUCCAUCCUCCCCCAUUGAUUCCAUCAAAGCGGGGGUGUAAGUGUGCGGUGCUCAGCAAAAUGUAUGCCUCUCUUUCUCCUGUCCUGGUGUUGGGGCUGGAGGCUGGAGUUUUCCACUGGGAAUAGACAAGGAAUAGGCCUCUAGCAUCAGGUCAUACUCACUCCUAUAGGCAUCUGCCACACUCACUCACUCCUAUAGGCAUCUGCCACACUCACUCACUCCUAUAGGCAUCUGCCAUACUCACUCACUCCUAUAGGCAUCUGCCACACUCACUCACUCCUAUAGGCAUCUGCCACACUCACUCACUCCUAUAGGCAUCUGCCACACUCACUCACUCCUAUAGGCAUCUGCCACACUCACUCACUCAUAUAGGCAUCUGCCACACUCACUCACUCCUAUAGGCAUCUGCCACACUCACUCACUCCUAUAGGCAUCUGCCACACUCACUCACUCCUAUAGGCAUCUGCCACACUCACUCACUCCUAUAGGCAUCUGCCAUACUCACUCACUCCUAUAGGCAUCUGCCACUCUCACUCACUCCUAUAGGCAUCUGCCACACUCACUCACUCCUAUAGGCAUCUGCCACACUCACUCACUCCUAUGGGCUUCAGCUGAUGAAAUACACUUCAUUUUAUUAUGUUUAUUUAGGGAAUUGAAAGUCAGUUUACGGCAUUAUGCUAGUGUUUGCUUCCUGGUAGUAUAAUUCUAUUAUAGGUUCACUUCAGUACGACAACACAUUAAGUAGUAAGUAGUUUGUUUGCUCAUUUGAUCUGUAAAGGAAGCUUGUUCAGGUAGCCUCUCCAGUCAGGUAUUUGAUGAUGUGUGUAUCUGUCUGUCUCGUCAUCAGGCGCAGCACCACAGGCCCUGGAGCCCCCAAAGACCAGCGCCAGGGCGAGGGACCAUGGACAGGGAUUCAGGGGGCCACAGUGUCAAGCGGCCCCGUGAUGAGAGCAUGAUGCCGCUGGUCAUCCCUGUGUCAGUCCCCGUACGGAGGUCAGACCCCCCCUCGUCCUCGUCCUCCCCAGACGGGGAGCAAUCUACCCUGGGCGCAGGCUUGCCACAGAGACCCUUCACCCUCCAGGACGUGACCAGCAUGGACGGCAAACCCUCCGUCAUUGUCACCCGCAGGCGAUCGCUCAGGAACUCUCUGUCAGAGAGCUCAGGACAGGUGGGUGCUAGUGUCCUCCCCUCACAUACACACCUUACUGACGUCUCCUCUAGUGCCAUCAGCAGGGGCUUGGUUCAUACCUCUGUUCCCCUAUAAUCUCUUAUAAUCCUACAUGUCCUGCCACCAUGCUCUUGCACUCCCCCUCAUCCAGCACCCAACUCUCCCCUGUUUCCCCCAAUGUCUCUCUCUGCCCUCAUUCCAACCCUGCCCCUCCCCCUCCCUCCCUGCUGCCCCAGAUCAGGUCAAGGAGAUUAGCAGGGGUUAUCCACGCUAUAGAUGGAGGUAUAGCCUACUGCUAUACUGUACUGUACAAGAACCAGGGUGGGGGUGUACUGGACAUGUUAUGUGUGGGGGGAUAAUGUACAGUAUAUAUGGUGAGGGUGUACUGUGUACUGUAUGGGGGAUCAUGUAUAUAAGGUGGGAGUGAACUGUAGAUAAUGUAGAACAGGGGUCUCCAACCUUUUCUAGCAUGAGAGCUACUUGAAACAUGUCAUGCUACUCAUUUUUAUUCUAGCUUUCAAAAAGGCACAUUCUUCUCUUCUCUCCCCUGCAACUCUUCCCCGGGUCCUUAGUGUACAAGAGAAAGUAGUGCACUAUGUUUUCUGUCAAUAUACCUGGUAAAAUAAUGGUUAAUAAACUAUUCUAAGGGGGCCCUAUAAAAUCUGUGAUUUUAUUUCUCCCAAAUUAUGUUUUGUCUGUUUUAUUUUUCCUGGUUUUAGAUUACAAUUGUUCAUAGAGAAACAACGAAAUUUGAUGUUCUGAGUCGAUGUCAAUGCUUAAAUCACAUCAGAAGACCAUUUUUUUUUAAGUCUGGAAGAAAACAAACAAAUGUGGAUUUAUUUGUGUAUUUCCCCUUUAAUGAGGAAUGUGAGGUCUAAUGUACCGGUCUAGCGAUGGUUCUGUAUUGCUGCUGCUCAUUUCGUGGCAAAGUUAGCAAAUAACUAAUAAUAGAUACAAAUGAUAUACUUCCUCAUGAUAUACUUCUGCCAGGUAAGCCUACUUUGCAGUUAACAUUUUAAUUGAGAAGGUUUUGGGGAAAGUAUUUCUGUCAACCCACAAGAUGGUUAUCACAUGGCUACACGCAGUGUUAGACAUACGCCCACACCACACAGACAGACAAGGGCAAUAUUGAUGGAAAUUAAUUGGCAGAUAUUGUGUUAGGUUUUGCUUUUUAAGCCAAUCGUGGCUAACCAGGGGUGGGAUAAUGCCAAUGUUCCAUUGGUUACAUAAUAGCUGGGAGCUUGCAGUGUCUGAUACUUGUGAGAUUUGUUUAUGACAUUUUGCGGUGGAACACAUCAAAAUUGCAUGUACUUUGAGAAUAGUUUGGCGAGCUACUCAUAGGUGGGCUGCGAUCGACCUGUUGGAGACCCCUGAUGUAGAAUGUAUCCUCUCUCUAGUGUCUGACCAGAUGAACAACUCACUUAGACUGCAUGCUGUAAACAUUGCUUCAUACUAACUGGUGUAUAGUAGUGUGGACAGGGUGGACAUGGAUCAGUGCCUCGUAGUUUGUCAUGUAUUUGUAUGUUUGUACUGAUGUUCUACCUCCUUUAGAACGGCGGAACCGAGGGAGGGAACGACAACGACGGCAAAAAGCCCAAACGGCGUCCCCGGCCCGAACCCCUCUUCAUCCCGCCUCCCAAGCCUGGCACCUUCAUUGCCCCCCCGGUCUACUCCAGCAUCACACCCUACCAGAGCCACCUCCGCUCCCCUGUCCGGCUGAUAGACAACCCCCUGACCAUGCCGCCCUACACCCCCCCGCCCAUCCUCAGCCCGGUGAGAGGGGGAUCAGGUCUCUACUUCUCUACCUUCCUCUCCUCUGCUGCCUCCAGCCAGGGUCUUCCUCCACCCAGAGUCUGCCUCCAGCCAGGGUCUUCCUCCAACCAGGGUCUGCCUCCACCCAUCACGCCCAAAUCAGCCACACGCAGCCUGCUGAGAUCCAGUGAGUACCACUACCUGGGGCCUACUGGGGUUGUAGUACAAACCUACUCAACCUGUGUGCUUCUGGGGGUUGUAGUCCAAACCUACUCAACCCAUGUGCUUCUGGGGCUUGUAGUCUAAACCUACUCAACCUGUGUGCAUCUGGGGGUUGUAGUCCAAACUUACUCAACCUGUGUGAUUCUGGGCGUUGUUGUCCAAACCUACUCAACCUGUGUCCUACUGGUGUUUAGGAUUUAAACAAGCUGUCAUCAGAAUGAACUGUAGCUGGUAUGGCAACUGCUCGGCCGCCGACCGCAAGGCACUACAGAGGGUAGUGCGUACGGCCCAUUACAUCACUGGGGCCAAGCUUCCUGCCAUCCAGGACCUCUAUACCAGGCGGUGUCAGAGGAAGGCCCUAAAAAUUGUUAAAAACUCCAGCCACCCUAGUCAUAGACUGUUCUCUGUGCUACCGCACGGCAAGCGGUACCGGAGCGCCAAGUCUAGGUCCAAAAGGCUUCUUAACAGCUUCUACCCCCAAGCCAUAAGACUCCUGAACAGCUAAUCAUGGCUACCCAGACUAUUUGCAUUGUCCCCCCACCCCACCCCCUCUUUUACUCUGUUUAUUAUCUACAGUGAGGGAAAAAAAGUAUUUGAUCCCCUGCUGAUUUUGUACGUUUGCCCACUGACAAAGAAAUGAUCAGUCUAUAAUUUUAAUGGUAGGUUUAUUUGAACAGUGAGAGACAGAAUAACAACAAAAAAAUCCAGAAAAACGCAUGUCAAAAAUGUUAUAAAUUGAUUGUCAUUUUAAUGAGGGAAAUAAGUAUUUGACCCCUCUGCAAAACAUAACUUAGUACUUGGUGGCAAAACCCUUGUUGGCAACCACAGAGGUCAGACGUUUCUUGUAGUUGGCCACCAGGUUUGCACACAUCUCAGGAGGGAUUUUGUCCCACUCCCUUUGCAGAUCUUCUCCAAGUCAUUAAGGUUUCGAGGCUGAUGUUUGGCAACUCGAACCUUCAGCUCCCUCCACAGAUUUUCUAUGGGAUUAAGGUCUGGAGACUGGCUAGGCUAGGCCACUCCAGGACCUUAAUGUGCUUCUUUUGAGCCACUCCUUUGUUGCCUUGGCCGUGUGUUUUGGGUCAUUGUCAUGCUGGAAUACCCACCAUCCACGACCCAUUUUCAAUGCCCUGGCUGAGGGAAGGAGGUUCUCACCCAAGAUUUGACAGUACAUGGCCCCAUCCAUCGUCCCUUUGAUGCGGUGAAGUUGUCCUGUCCCCUUAGCAGAAACCCCCCCCCCCCCCCCCCAAAGCAUAAUGUUUCCACCUCCAUGUUUGACGGUGGGGAUGGUGUUCUUGGGGUCAUAGGCAGCAUUCCUCCUCCUCCAAACACGACGAGUUGAGUUGAUGCCAAAGAGCUCCAUUUUGGUCUCAUCUGACCACAACACUUUCACCCAGUUCUCCUCUGAAUCAUUCAGAUGUUCAUUGGCAAACUUCAGACGGGCAUGUAAAUGUGCUUUCUUGAGCAGGGGGACCUUGCGGGCGUUGCAGGAUUUCAGUCCUUCACGGCGUAGUGUGUUACCAAUUGUUUUCUUGUUGAAUAUGGUCCCAGCUGCCUUGAGAUCAUUGACAAGAUCCUCCCGUGUAGUUCUGGGCUGAUUCCUCACCGUUCUCAUGAUCAUUGCAACUCCACGAGGUGAGAUCUUGCAUGGAUCCCCAGGCCGAGGGAGAUUGACAGUUCUUUUGUGUUUCUUCCAUUUGCGAAUAAUCGCACCAACUGUUGUCACCUUCUCACCAAGCUGCUUGGCGAUGGUCUUGUAGCCCAUUCCAGCCUUGUGUUGGUCUACAAUCUUGUCCCUGACAUCCUUGGAGAGCUCUUUGGUCUUGGCCAUGGUGGAGAGUUUGGAAUCUGAUUGAUUGAUUGCUUCUGUGGACAGGUGUAUUUUAUACAGGUAACAAGCUGAGAUUAGGAGCAUUCCCUUUAAGAGUGUGCUCCUAUUCUCAGUUCAUUACCUGUAUAAAAGACACCUGGGAGCCAGAAAUCUUUCUGAUUGAGAGGGGGUCAAAUACUUAUUUCCCUCAUUAAAAUGCAAAUCAAUUUAUAACAUUUUUGACAUGCGUUUUUCUGGAUUCUUUUGUUGUUAUUCUGUCUCUCACUGUUCAAAUAAACCUACCAUUAAAAUUAUAGACUGAUCAUUUCUAUGUCAGUGGGCAAAUGUACAAAAUCAGCAGGGGAUCAAAUACUUUUUUCCCUCACUGUAUGCAUAGUCACUUUAACUCUACCCACAUGUACAUAUUACCUCAAUUACCUCGACUGACCGGUGCCCCCGCACAUUUACUCUGUAUACCCCCUGUAUAUAGCCUCUCUACUGUUAUUUAUUUUAUUUUUUACUUUUCAAUUUUUUACUUAACACUUAUUUUUCUUAAUACUGCAUUGUUGGUUAAGGGCUUGUAAGCAUUUCACUGUAAGGUCUACACCUGUUGUAUUCAGCGCAUGUGGCAAAUAAAAUUGGAUUUGAUUAGCUGUGGGAGUUGGAUCAUAACAUUAUUCCCUCAUAUAAACGUUUCUUGAGUAAUGCGCAUGAAGUAAGCACACUUCCUCAAAAUCUGCUAUGCUAAAUAUUUCUGCUGUAAGAAGAUAAGAAUAGUACAUUUAACAGACUUUUUUUUUUUUUUCAGACAGCGUUGACAUAACCCCACCAGUGCUCUCAGUGAUCGGUGAGGCCACGCCAGUCAGCAUAGAACCGUGAGUACACACACACACACACACACACACAGAACACACCACCCUCCAUACUCCCUUCACCCCAUUAUCAGUUACGUGUAUGGAUCUCAAGUUUAAGAUCCGAGCCUGAGAAAUCAAAGUACUCUUAAAUCAAAGUACUUUUAAAUCAAAGUAAUUUUAAAUCAAAGUCAUCUUAAAUCAAAGUACUUUUAAAUCAAAGUACUUUUAAAUCAAAGUACUCUUAAAUCAAAGUUAGAGUCAGAGCAGAUAUUCAUCCAAGGCCAAACAACUAGUCAAAUGGUACACAGUGUGUCUUUCUCAGUGAUGGUGCUGAGUCUAUUGAUAUGUGUUGCAGCAGAGGAGGACUAUUUGUAUGUUAGUUAUGAAAGGAUAGAUUGGGUGCUUUGGAUCUGACCCAGUUAGCCUGUAUCACAGCCCUGAUUUUAUCCACAAAGACAGAGGAGUGUGUGUGUGUGAGCACGGUGUGUGUGUGGGAGGUGGGGGUGGUUGGUGAGGAGAGACAGGGUGCAUUGUGGGUUGUCUUACAUUCCCUUUCUUCCUCUCUCUGACUGGUAGCAGCUGGCUAGUAGUCAGGCCGGCCGGGCGGGCCAGGCGGGGACAUCCUCCAGUGGUGAUAAAUCAGGUCUUUCAGCUGAGUCUGGAGCAGCCAGCCUCCACUUUGUUUCCUCUUCUGCUUCCUCCUUAAACAGUCCCCCUCAGCCCCCUCAGCCAGAUCAGUUUACAGCAGGGGCCUGUUGAUUAGUGUACAAUGUAGCAAAACAUUUUGCAACGGGGAAACAAAUACGAUUGUUUCUUAUUGGAAAAGUCCAUGUAGUCCUCAGCCAGAUCAGCUUACACCAGGGUUAGUUCAGGAGGCUAACUUUGUGAACGUUGCAGAUAGAAAUCAUAUUAAUAGAGCUGACGUGAUCCUUUAUUCUACAUGUCACAGAUGCUUGUUUGUUUUACGUAGGCCUAAUAUAUUUCUAUCUGAAUGUUCUACAACGUUGUGCCCUGCUGAACACUCCCCAGCUAGCUCACUCUGUGGGAGGGGAGGGGACCUGAACUGAGCUAGCAGGCUGCAGCCCAGGGAGGGAGCAGGCAAAAAUAGUGUCUGCGUUCCAGACUGUUUUCAAAGCCGCCAGUAGCUAUCAUUGGAGGGGUAUCCUGGGGGUAACCUGAUCCACUUACAGCUUUAUCAUCGUCCUGUUGCUUCAGUGCAGCAGACAGUUAUUUUAAAUGAUUAGCUGUGGCUUAUUUCUGCCAACCAGCCGACCACUAGUUAACUACAUGUCUGUAUAAGAACACUUAUUCACAUUAUUUUUCUUUAAAUAGAAAAUUGACCUAACUUACGAAAGCUUCCCUGUCAAUCACAACAAUAUGAUCUAGAAUUCGAAUAAUGGAGGCUGUGCCAUAGCAGCACAUAGACUGCCUAUCAUGCGCAUUUCAGAAAGUGUCUCCCAUCUCUCCAACUGACCACUGACUGUACAUUCUGUCAUCUCAGGCGUAUAAACAUCGGUGUGAGGUACCAGGCAGAGGUACCAGAGCUGAGGCAGCGUUCAGCGGCCCAACAAGACCAUCCCAAGGCUGAGCUGGUCUGGGCUCCUCUUCACAACCUAGAGGCUAAACCUGGAGAUCGGGAGAGAGGUAACACACUAACAUACGUAUCAGCUGACUUUCCCACCAUUAAUAAUCUGUCAUAAUACUGUCAUUAACCAGGUAUUAUCCAAUAGAAAUUAGUCAGUAAAUCAAGCAUUCAGUAGUGAUUUGAAGAACCCAGUGGAGAAAUUUUGCUGAUCAUGCUAUCUCAAUCACGAUCUCUCUCUCUCUCUCUCUCUCUCUCUCUCCCCUCUCUCCCCCCCCCCCGCCACCCUCUCGCUCUCUCUUCAGUGGAUGACCUCAUGAACCUGGCGUGCUCAAGCGCUCUGCACGGUGGAGGGACCAAUCAGGAGCUAGCGCUGCACUGCCUGUACGAGUGCAAUGGUGACAUCAUGGUGAGCAAUGCAUGAUGGGUCAUGAUGACUGAGGAGGGAUGACAGAAAACGAAAAAUAGUGUUUGGGUGUUGACAGAUUGUACCUCAGUUUGUGAGGCUUUUCUUCCAUCUUGUGUGUACUGAACAGAGCACUGAUCUUGGGAUUUAACGGGACCCCGGCUGUGUUCCAAUAUCCAGACCAGCAUAUAACUUGCUAAACCACCACCAAAUGCAUACACAAUGCAUUACAUUUUUUAUGUUUUGAUUUGAGCCAUUUAGCACAGCACUCUCUACCUCCUGCAAACACAAAUGGUGAAUGGUUUGGUAAGGUAUUAAGGUGAAUGGUUUGGUAAUGGGAUUAGGGUGUAUGGUUUGGUAAGGGUAUUAGGGUGUAUGGUUUGUAAGGGUAUUAGGGUGUAUGGUUUGGUAAGGGUAUUAGGGUGAAUGGUUUGGUAAGGGUUAUUAGGGUGUAUGGUUUGGUAAGGGGAUUAGGGUGUAUGGUUUGGUAAGGGGAUUAGGGUGUAUGGUUUGGUAAGGGUUUUAGGGGUGGAGGAAUUGUUAGUGCUGUCACUCAGCAGAGUCAACCACUGUGUAUCUAACACGUAGCAGAUGUGGUGCAGCACAGUGGCUAGUGAGUCCACUAUUCCAGCUAGUAGCCAUGUUCUCCUUGAAUCUAGGUGUUUUUUUGUUAUCAGAUAUGCUCAGUGCUCUAUCUGCCCAAUGUAGAAAACGCUUACACACACACAUACACUGAUACAGUACACGCACACACGCUGACACACGCUGACACACUGGAGUAAAGGUCAUGUAUGGGGCCUUGGGCAGAAACACAGCAAUGUGUUCAAUUAAAGAGAUAGAGAGAGAGAGAGAGAGACAGAGAGAGAGAGAGAGAGAGAGAGAGAGAGAGAGACAGUGAGAUAGAGAGAGAGAGCGAGACAGUGAGCUAGAGGGAGUGAGAUAGAGAGAGGGAGGCGGCCUAUACUAGUGGCUCCAGCUUGCAGCAUUUGGCCAUGUUGUUGUCAAGGAGACAGGGUGGCUGUCAGUGUGUGAAGUUCUCUAUCUCUCUCUCCCUCUCUCUCUGUCUCUGCAGCAGCAGGAGGCAUGUUGCUCUCUUACAGUAUAUCUCCCGGUUAAUCCCCUCAGUAUUAGGGACAGAUCAGCCUAUCAAUAUCAAGUAGAACUCUGAUCAGUGUCCUGUGUGUUCUCCAGAAACCAGCCAAGUAAACCUUGAUUUAAAGUAUUGCUCGGAGACUCAUAAACUGUUGCAAAAAAUAAACACAUUUUUCAUUUAUUGCUCUUCAGAGUUAAUUUGUAAAUGGUUGGGUUGAUAUGUUGUUCUUGGUUUUCAGGAUGCGUUGGCCCGCCUGCUGUUGAAAAACCCCAUCUUCCCAAAGAACCACCGUCUAGGAUACUACCACUACUCCGGUUGGUCAUGACAUAGAACUAGGGUUGCAAAAUACUGUUCACUUUCCUAAAAGUCCCAGGUUUUCCAGAAAUUAGGAGGGAAAAAGCAAGAAAUCUGGAAUCCUCUAAACAGGAUUUCUGGAAAACCUGGGAAUUUUUUGAAAAGUUACAGGAAUUCUACAAACCUACAUAUAACACUUUAUAUCUGUACAGUGUUAUGUCAAUGGUUAUUGCACUGCUUUCUCCCCUGGCACUCUCUUACUGUGUCUCUAACUCACUCUGUGGGUACUUUUACCAAAUCAGAAUCAUCAAACUUCACUGGAUUAUGUCAAAGUGCAUUCCUGCAGGCAUGCCUGUGCUGUCUGAAUACUGGAAUGAGUCCUUUUCUUCUCUCCUCUAGUAACAGGGGGAGGCUCCAAAGCCCCCCUCAGCCUUAAACAAUGGCAGCUGAAGGGAGGGGAGGUGCUAGCUGGUGGUGGAUGGAGUGGGAGGAGGGGUGUGUGUCCGUGGGUAGAGGUGGGGGGGAAACUGUGGAGGAUUGAGAGUGUUGCUGGGGGUGAUGGGAGCGGAGUGAGAGGUGGAGUGGGAGAGGACGGGGUAGAGGGGGUUUGUGGGGUUGUGGCAUAUGGUUAA